AUGUCAUAUUCAGCAGAGGCAUUGUCUCGCAAGUUAUCUACGUUGCAAGACACCCAAGACUCGAUUGUGUCUGUUUCCCAAUGGGUUCUUUUCCAUCAUCGUCAUAGUAAGGAAUCAGCAAAAGUAUGGGCCGAUUAUGUGACUGGUAACCCUCAUCUGCUGCGUAAGAAGCUCACGUUACUUUAUCUUUGUAAUGAGGUGAUUCAACAGGCACGCCACAAGCGAAAGACGGAGUUUCUAGAUGCCUACUUUGAAGUGUUACCCUCGGUAUUGAACGAGAUAUAUAAAGAAAUGGAUUCGACCAUUCAAGGGAAAGUUGAACGGUUAUUAAAUGUUUGGAAUCAACGGAAUAUCUUUAAUAAUAACCAGAUAGCUGCCAUGAAGAAUGCCAUUGAGCUUUCCAAGGCUUCAAAAUCCUUAACUGAAGGCGUGGAAGAAGAGAAACGAAAACAAGAAGCCUUAUCAGUUGUUGUGGCCCCGGAAUUAAAGUUUAUUAAUGAUUUAAUAUUGAAUAUCAAUAAGCUUGAGGAUUCAAAUCAACCGAACUUAUCCCAAGUUGGUAUUCAAUCCAAGACAUAUUUACCUGAAGAUCCUUCUGGUUCAGAUAACUUGCCUUCACCCAAGAUAUAUAUUUCCAAGUUGAAUAUUCUAGAAAAGCUUUGUGAUGUGAGCUUGAAGACUCUUGAGGAGAUCAAUACGCAGAGAAGCGAAGUGUUGGGUCAUUUGAAAACUUUAGAGACUCUUUUAUCCGAUGGAGCUGAAUCUGAUAAAGAGAAGGUUAAGGUGUUGAACGAGAGGAAGCUGAAGUUGGUUGAGACGAGAAAUGAACUAAGAGAGCUUCUUGAGGACGAAGCUGAUGAUAGUACUGCUACUGCUGAAGCUGCUACUGCUGAAGCUGCUGCUAAUGCUGCUGCUGCUUCUAAUGCUGCUAAUGCUGCUAAUGCUGCUUCUGGCUCUUCUACUUCAAAUGUCGCGUCCUCGGAUGAAGAGGCAUCGCCUGCGUUUGAGAGCAUCAACGAAGACGACGAUGACGACAUUCCUCAGUACGAAAACGAAGGCAGCGAUGAAGACAGCGACGACGACGACGGUCCGGUGUUGAAGAAACCAAAAGUAUCGCCACCUACCGAACCAGAACCAACACACAGUUCCAAAAUCGUGGCCUUCUCCGAUGAUGUGCAAGUCAGAGAGUACGUUAAAGAAGAUCUUGGGGAAGGCAUUCGCAUAGUGAAGAGUGAUAGCGAAGCAAGUGACGACGACGUACAACAAGAAGAAGACGUUGACGAAGAUGAAGAAGUUGAGUACAAGUUUCUGGGUCUUAGUGAAGACGAAGACUUGCUUAAGUUUGAAAGCAGGCAUAAAGAUGCCGUUGAUUUGAAACAUGAUCAAGAAGUGUCUACGUCUCUGAGCUCCAGCGUUUUGGAUUUGCUUUCCAAGUUGGCGUAG